AUGAAGGUCACUUUCAGAGUAGGUUUUGGAUUCCCCGCCACCUCUCCAGCUUACUUGAGGCAUCCGCCUUGGGCACAGUGGUCUGAGCUGCGUAGCCACAAGGCCUGGAUAUCGACGCCGGGCUUCGGCGAUCUGAAACAACAGAAGUUCGUCCUCGAGGUCGAACCUACCGACCUGAUCUCCGCUGUCAAAGAGAAAAUCUCUGGAGAGAAGGGAUGGGAUCCCAAGCAUCAAAAGCUCAUCUAUUCCGGCAAAAUCUUGAAGGAUGAUGAGACUGUCGCUUCCUACAAUAUUGAGGAGAAGGGCUUUGUUGUCUGCAUGGUGAACAAGCCCAAAGAGAAGCCCGCACCUGCCGCUGAGUCUUCAACUGCUGCUCCUCCGGCCACUCCCGCCCAGCCUGUUACCAAUACUCCGGCUGCUCCAGCUGCUCCCGCCCAGUCUUCCACUACUCAGUCUGCAGCUCCGGCUACCCCGACUCCGCAACGUUCUGGCGAAGCUGGUGGCGAGACUGGGUCAGGCUUGGCUAUGGGUGCUGAGCGUGCUGAGGCGAUCGCAAACAUGGAGGCUAUGGGAUUCGAGAGGAGUCAGAUCGAGGCUGCCAUGCGCGCGGCCUUCAACAACCCUGACCGAGCCGUUGAAUAUCUCUUGAAUGGUAUUCCCGAGAACAUCCAACAGGAACAACAGGCUAGACAAGCCGCCGCAGCGGCCCCAACACAGUCUGCCCCAGCUGCUCAAGAGGGGGGCGAUGAUGAUGGAGGCGUCAAUCUUUUCGACCUUGCUGCGCAGGCUGGCGGUGGUGGUCGUGGAGGGAGCGGCGGCGGUAACGCUGCAGCCGCAGCAGCUCAGGGUGGUGCUGAUUUGGGCAAUCUGGACUUCCUCAGACAUAACCCUCAGUUUCAGCAGCUGCGUCAGGUCGUCCAACAGCAACCACAAAUGCUCGAGCCUAUUUUGCAACAACUCGGCGCUGGUAACCCACAGCUUGCGCAGUUAAUUGCCGCCAACCCCGACCAGUUCCUUCACCUUCUCGGUGAAAGUGCCGACGAUGACGUUCCCCUGCCUCCUGGCGCCCAGGCUAUCUCGGUGACGGAGGAAGAGCGCGAUGCUAUUGAGCGGCUAUGUCGCCUUGGCUUCGACCGUGACCAGGCCAUUCAAGCCUACUUUGCCUGUGACAAAAACGAAGAACUCGCCGCCAACUUCCUAUUCGACCAACCUGACGACGAUGAACCCCCUACGAACUAA